GACAGCAGAACGUCAUGCACAAGAAUCUCAAGAACAGUGUAACGAACGUCUUCCAGAGAAUAUCAUAAGAACAAGAGCAGCAGGAGAACGAGACAUAGCCACAGUAGGAGCACAGGAACAAUAAUUUCAAUUUAUACAUUCAAAUGCCACCGAAAAAAUCUAACCUCAACAACGCGAGCAGCAAAGGGUCACGACGCAAACGUGUUGAAAGAGCUCAGCAAUUACCAAAACAAAUCGAAACAAGAAAUGCAGCUCAAAGAAUCAGGACUGCAGAAAGUCGUGCACAAGAAUCUCAAGAACAGCGUGACAAACGUCUGCAACAGAAUAUUACGAGAACAAGAGCGGCACGAGAACGAAACAUAGCUACAGUACGAGUACUAGAUCGACAAAGGCAACGGAUCAGCCGCUCAUUAACACGUGCAUCAUUCGUUCGGCUUGCCUUUGAAUAUGCACCAGAUAUUAACUACUCAGCGCAUUCAAAAAUUGCUAUCGGUGGAAUGGAUAAAGUAUGUCAAUAUUGUCAGGCAUUGAAAUUUCGGAAUGAAGCAGCCGGCAUGUGCUGCGCAUCAGGAAAAGUUGUGCUGUCACCUCUACCCGCUCCGCCGGAGCCUUUAUUAUCCCUUCUUACUGGCAAUUCAGAUGAUUCCAAAUUAUUUUUGCGUAAGAUACGCAAAUUUAAUUCUUGCUUCCAAAUGACGUCAUUUGGGGCAACUAAAAUUUGCGAUCGUGCAUCCGAUGGACGUAAUUUUGAAACUACAUUCAAAAUUCAAGGCCAGGUGUACCAUAAAAUCGGAUCACUGAUGCCAAUGCCUGAUAACAAUCCGAAAUUUCUUCAAAUUUAUUUUAUGGGCGAUUGUGAAGAGCGCGUGACAACUCAGUGCCUGUAUAAUUUUAUUGAACAAGCAGAGGAAAGAGCAAUUGUGAUAUUAUUGGAAAAUUUUUUAGAAGAUCACAUUCAACUAAUUCAAUUGAUCAAAAGAGUUUCGCCACGACUGCAAAAUGACAAUUAUCAAAUCGUCAUAAAAGCCGACAAAGUACCAUUAGGUGAACAUGCUGGUAGAUUCAACGCUCCAACUGUUGAUGAGGUUGCUGUUAUCAUGGUUGGUGAUCCAGUUGACAAAAGAUCUAUAAAAAUUACACGGCAAGACAACACUGUCAGUACGAUUUCGGAUCUACACCGUUCAUAUGACGCACUACAAUAUCCAUUGAUAUUUUGGCAAGGACAAGAUGAAUAUCACCUUAAUAUCAAGCAGUAUGAUCCAAAUACUGGUAAAUUUGAUAAUUAUCUAUUUACUUUCUUACUUUACGUAUAG